CAAAAGGUUUUGGUCUCUUCUGAUCAGAGCACCUUCUUCCAGUGUUUGCUUGUGGAAAAAGUUGCAAAUAAAACCUAGAAUUUGUUUCAUUCAACAAAAUUCUGAACUCUAUUUUCUAAUUCGGCGAUUUCUCGAAGCUUGUUGUGGUGAAAGGAACAUUUCCGUCCACUUUGCCUUUUUGCACUGUUUUGUGUUGAACUGUUACAUAAAACCAUAUUGAAAUGCUUUGAAGUUUGCAACAGUCAAAAUGCAAAAAAAUAGUGGCUAUGAAUGUUUUUCCAAAGUACUGUAUGAUCCACACAUGGUCAUCUAAAUAGCACAAAUCUUCAUUUUAUGCAUAUGUUUGUGGCCAUACGCUGAAGCUCUUUGCCAUCUGGAAGAUAAAAUGUUUAUGGCUUUAAGUUGAUUUAUAUGUAAGAUUUGUUAUUUAAUAGAUCUAGAAAAAGUUAUCUUGCUGGCUCAUCGGUCAGUGACAGCAGUGGCUUGCGGUCUCUCACUUCAGAAGAUCUUUCUCUGUAGCUAAAUAUUUAUUUUCAACAGACCCCAGAAGGACUAAUUGCUGCAAUGGAAUAUAAAUAAAUUAAGGAAACCAGCGUUUCCUUUGAAGAACAUUUCAGAAGAACUUUCUGUAAUUUUAAACAUUUGUAGUGCAAGCUUUUGAAGAGUUUAGAUCACAACAUGCAACCAAUAGAUCCUGAGGUAUUAGGGUAUAUUGCAAUCUUACUGAAAAUUUGCAACACUGCCGUUCUGAACUUUGCUUACUGCUCCGCUUUGUGCCAGGACUGUCCAAAUAGGCAGGAAAUCCAAGGUAUGCUGAAGCAGGUGCAGAAGCUUUUGUCGGCCCAUGAAGCCUCCUGUUUGCAAAGUCUGCGCAACCUGAGGAAGAAAAUAAAUUUACUGCAGAGCGGUACAGGGAAGCAGACAGCAAAAUCUACAAACAGUACUUGUCCGAAACUCGAUGCACCCAUUAAUGGGAGGAAACUUGGCAAAUCCCAUGGUGUCGGCCAUGAGGUCCACUUUCUGUGUGACCCCGGGUAUGAGAUUGUGGGAUCAGAAAGCAGAGUUUGUCAAGAAAGCCUCACCUGGACUGGCCAGCAGCCGACAUGUCGAGACUCCAAUGAGUGCGCAUCGUCUCCCUGCCUGAACGGUGGGACGUGCGUGGAUGAGGUGAACCAGUUUUCUUGUGUCUGUGCCAAAGGCUGGGCUGGAGAGACCUGUCAAAGCCCUGUGCCGACAUUCUUCAUCACCACAACAAAUACUUCUGCUGGCUCCACUCUGGCGGCUUCCACCUUACCAGCUGCCACAACUGGGGCGUACGUUCGUCCGUCACGCUGCACUAUAGUGCAGGGGACCACCCACUGCACCUGUGAGCCAGGAUACACCAUCUCUGGCAGAGACAGCUACAGCUGCACAGAUAUAGAUGAAUGUGAGCUCUUCCAUAAUGGACCAGCAGGAAAACUGUGUUUGCAUAAGUGUGUUAACACCCCUGGAGGCUAUCGCUGCUCCUGUCCUGCUGGGUAUAAUGUGACUCGUGACGGACGCAGCUGUAAAGAUAUUGAUGAGUGCGCUACCAGGCAGAACAACUGCACAAACGACCAGAUGUGUGUUAACACAUACGGUGGCUUCCAGUGUGUUCGGGUGGACUGCCCCAAAAUCCCUCAUGCAACAUAUGUCAAAACAUCACCCAUGCGUUGUGAACGUAACCCCUGCCCUUUGGACAACAAAGCCUGCUCUCAGACCCCAACCUCCUUUUCCUACCAUUACCUCGCUGUUGUGUCCAACCUGUCCGCCCCGCGCGUCAUGUUCAGGGUCUCGGCCCUGCGUCAAUUGGGCGACACGCUUCGCUUCACCUUACUCGGGGGGCGGCAAGCACGCCGCCACUUCACAGUCCAGCGCUCAGACCGUCAGACGGGUCAGCUGAUGCUGGUGAGCCCCGUCCAGGGCCCCACCACUCUGGAGGCGGAGGUGGAGAUGAGCGAGCUGGAGAGACGGGUCCAGCUGGGAAGGUACAUCACCAAAAUCACCAUGUUUGUUUCCCAGUAUGAAUUCUAAAAAAAAAAAAAAAAAAAAAGUGAAAUUAAUAUUUCACGAAGAUUGAGAAAAUUGUAAGUUAUACAGAAAACCAGCAUAAACAAGACAUAAUUAAACUGCCAGUCCUGAAUAAAACUGCCAAGCAUGCUGUGACGAUAUGGGUGAUGAAUACAUGAUGAGUGAACAUUGCAUAACUAUUAUUUUGCUGCUUUUUAUUCUGGUUUGAAGACUUGUGUGGUAGAACUUCAUAUUUAUGCCUCGGUGCAAUUAUUAAAUGUCACGUAAACAAUUUAAAGUCUGGCCUUUCAUUUGUAAAACUUCUUCAAAAAAAGAAAAACAUGUUUGUUGAAAUCUGUAAAUACACUGAAAAUAAAGUGAAACAUGCUGCAAAAACCAAGGAAUGCGUUGGAAGAUCUGAUAAAUGUGAGCUGUGGUUGUUAAAAACCAUGAAGUCUGACAGGACAGAGCAAACACUGUUUAGAGCAGGGGCAGCUGAAAUUAAGCUGCUGAAAAGGGCUUCUGUGAUUAAAGUGCAAGUAUAAAUUUAACUUUAGAAAAGGCAAAACAAGUAAAUGUUCCACGGACCCCAAAUGCACCAUCUGUGUGAUUGUUUCCCUGUCUUUUUUAAUGGAAGAUAAAGUACCUUCCAAAAGUAUUCAUAAAGCUUUAACAUGGUCACAUAACAGCCACAAACUUUAAUUUAUGAUGUUAGUUAUUAAAUCUGACAGGGAAGCUGCAUAAUGCAGUGGCAAAGUGUUGCAUGAACACAGUGCAGAAUCUGAUGUGGCCUGAAACCAUUUUUCGAAGAAGCUGUCAUGAUCUAAAGGUGUUUUGGUUUUCAUUUGUGUUUAUGUGUUGAUGAUGAUUUCCUUAGUGCUAUGCUCAUUCAGUUUUGCCAUAUUAAAGUUAAUUUCUUUGUGGGCACCAGAAUGAUGCUGCUGUAUAAGGUCAUUCUUUUGUACUUUCUUAGUUUAGCUAGGUGUUCUGUUCUUUGUACGUUGGAUUUUGUUCUCCUAUAAUAAGACUUUUAUUCUUUACCUCCUCGAUUUGCAGUUUCUUUGAGUUUAACUCUCUUGUGUUUAUUAGUCUGUCCCUCAGUUUACCUGCAUGCAUGCUGCCCCAGCUGGUCCUCAUCGUCUCUGAUUCUCUGGUUUUGUGUUAUUCUCCUUAGUAUAUGAGCUCACUGGUUCUCACUGUUCAUGUAUGGAUUGUUCUGUUCAUUAUGCAUUGCCUUGACCUGCUCUCCCAGUGUUAUUUUCUGUAAGUUUUCAUUAUUUUAUUAAAGCAUCCUGUUUUGUCACA